AAAACUCAGACAUGUUCCAGCCUGAGCAGAUUUCCCUCUAGGCAAAGGACCCAGCAGCCUCUUAUAGAAUCCUCCUCGUCUGCUUCCUCCUCCUCCUCGUCCUGCAGAGCUGGCUGUGGGGAGCUCUCCUGCUCCAUCACCACAUUUGGGGACAUGGAGAGGGAAAGCUCCAGGCCUGGUGCUGCUGUCGGUGUCUGGAGGGUUCCACCAAAUCCAGCUCCGUGGGGCACCGGGACCCACCGGCCGAGGGCACAGCAGAGCCGCGGGCACGGGGAGUGGGGCAAGACAAAUCCAGGAAUUACCAAAACUACAAAUCAGGAGGACAAAACUCCCCCGGGGGCGCUGCCGCAAUCCCGGCUCUAUAAAUGAGCGCGGCCGGAGCGCGGCUGUCACCACCUCUGCCCAGGAUGUGGCUGUACGCGCUGCUGGCGCUGCUGGCGCUGCUCCUGCUCCGCCGCUGGCACCGGGAGCGCCAGACGGUGCCGGGGCUGUCGGAGAGGCACGUGUUGAUCACAGGAUGUGACAGCGGCUUCGGGAACCUGCUGGCGCGGCAGCUGGACGCGCGGGGGCUGCGGGUGCUGGCCGCCUGCCUGAGCGAGGCCGGGGCCGCGCAGCUGCGGGCGGCCACCUCCGAGCGGCUGCAGACCGUCCUGCUGGAUGUCACCUCCAGCAAGAGCAUCGCCGAUGUCACCGCCUGGGUCCGGCAGCGUGUGGGUGAUCAAGGGCUCUGGGGGCUGGUGAACAACGCGGGCAUCGCCAUCCCCACCGCCCCCAACGAGUGGCUGAGCAAGGAGGACUUUGUCAAGGUGCUGGAUGUCAACCUGGUGGGGCUGGUGGAGGUGACGCUGAGCCUGCUGCCGCUGGUGCGGCGCGCGCGGGGCCGCGUGGUCAACGUGGCCAGCGUGAUGGGCCGCGUGUCCUGUUUUGGUGGCGGCUACUGCAUCUCUAAAUACGGCGUGGAGGCCUUCUCUGACAGCCUCAGGCGGGAGCUGCGUCCCUUCGGGGUUCAGGUCUCCAUCAUCGAACCCGGAGGAUUCCGGACGGGAAUGAUCAACCCCACACCUCUGGUGGAGGAAUUCGCUCGCCUCUGGGAGCGGCUCCCGGCAGAAACCCAGGCAGCCUACGGCCACCACUACCUGCACAAAUAUGCCGACACCACGGCCCUGCUGCAGCGCCUGAGCAGCUCCCGCCUGUCGCGUGUCACCGGUGCCAUGGAGCACGCGCUGCUGUCCCGCUGUCCCCGCAGCCGCUACGCCGCCGGCUGGGACGCCCGGCUGCUCUUCCUGCCCCUCAGCUACUGCCCAGCCUGGCUGUCCGACACCCUCCUCGGCCUCCUCCUGCCUGUCCCGGCCAGCGGGGUCCCCUGAGGGUGGCCACCACAGCGGGGACGUGGACACGGCGCCCAUGGGUGCCUCACGCCCUGGAGAACGUGAUAAAGUCACUGCAAUGAUCAAUAAAGUCACUGCAAUGAUCAAUAAA